AUUAUAUGAAAACAAUAAUUUUAAGGUUAUGUAAUAAAUUAUACUAUACAGAUACGAAUAACUAUAUAUGGACUUUAAAUAAUAUUGUAAAAAACUGUAAAUACCUUGUUCCGUAUCAUACGUUUACAACAAUUGCAGUUAAUGAAGCCUUUCAAAAUGAAUUUAUUAUAUCAAAAGAUCAUAAUUUACGUGAACAUCAAAUCAUACAUUCGUAUUUUGAAAAUUCGAUACAUUAUAAUGAUACAAUUUUUUCACGUAUUAAAACAUAUGCAAAAGUUACGUCUGAAGAUAUAGAUAAAUUGCAUAUUACAAAUUGGUCCGAUGAAUCCGCAAAUAAAAUUUUUAAUGCUAUUAAAAAAUUGACAUAUUCUUAUAUAAGUGGUUCACAUUUAGAAUUAUCAGUUUAUGAUAGCAUUUUAAAAGCUUGUAUUGAACAGUUAAGAGUAUUAGAAAAUCAACAAAUAAAGAUAUUAAUGCAAUGUUUAAUUGUAUUAAAUGAUGUAAUAGAAAAAACAAGUAUAUAUAAAAAGUUUAUGAAAGAAUUAAAUAAAGAAUGUUUAAAAAGAUUUUAUUCAUCAAAUAUUAAGGAAUUAUUAUUAAUGAGUGAUGCAUUCUAUCAACUUCAAGAUAGAAAUUCUGAUUAUUUAUUUCGUGCAAUAAGAAAAUUAAGCUCAAAAUCAAGUAAACUUUCUGCAAAAUCACUAGUUCAAUUAUUAUUUUAUUUAAAUUUAACUAAUGUAGGAUCAGCUAUAAAUAUGUUUGAAAUUGAAUAUCAAUUAGAAAAACAUAUGCCUGAUCUUGUUAUAAAUGAAUUAGGUAUAAUAGCAAGAAGUUUUUUUUUUACAAAAAAGAAGCAUUAAAAAUAAAAUUUUGAUGCCACUUAUAAUGGAAAAAAUUUCUCAAAAUGUUAAUAAUUUGGAUAGUAUAACAUUAGCAUCAAUUAUGAAACUUAUUAGGUAUAGUGAUUGUAUUCACUGUAAAGAAGAAUUUAAAAUAUUAUUGAACUCUCUACAUGAUAUAAUACCAAAAUUAUCAUUACAAUGUUUAAUCCACAUAGCACAUGCAUUUGGAAGUUUACACGUAUAUGAUGAAAUUUUAACAAAAAAAAUUAUUGAAAGAAUAAUAACUCAAAUACAAGUUGCAAGAUUAAAAGAUAUUGAAAGAAUUAUUUUUAGUAUAUGUACCAUUGCUCCUAAUAAUAUAAAUUAUUAUACUGAUGUAUGUCAAAAAUUGAUUAAUGAAAUAAUAACAACUUAUAAAACAAGCAGAGCACAUGAAAUUGAGAAUUUUCCAACAACACUUGUACGUAUUCUUACAUUUUUAACAAUGAAAAAUAUAUAUAUACCAGAAUUAAUUCAAUAUGUAUUUGAACCUAAAUUUAUGCAAAAAGUAUAUAAAAAUAAUUUUAAAUUAAUAACAAAUGAAUGGUUAGUUUUACAUUGCUCAAUUGAAAUAGAAAUGCCUUGUUACAAAAAGCCAAUGCUAAAUAAUAAUAUGUAUAAAUAUUUAACAAAGAAAUUUAGUCAUAAUGAUGAUAUUUAUAGAAAGGAUAAUAUUAUAAAAUUAAGGACUGAAAUUGUAUUUUUAUGCAAGGAAAAAUUGAGAAUAAAUAUAUAUAUUGAUUAUGUUUUACCUCAUUAUCCAAGCAGAGAAAUUAUUCUUGGUAUGGAUAAAUAUAACAAUUCUGUUAAUAUUGAACCUAUUUUAUCAGCAAUGCAAACAGGCACAAUUAAAAGUGUUAAAAGUGAUAAAUUGAAGAACAUAAAUUGGAAAAUUUUAAUGAUAUUACCAUAUCUAGGAAAGAUAUUAGGUCAUGAUGAUUGUAAUGGAUAUGUACAGAGACAAUUCAGACAACUUAAAGCUAUUGGAUAUAAACCAAUUCUAAUUUGUGAAUAUAAAUGGAACUCUUAUACUCAAGAUCAAAAAAUAAAAUAUUUAAAAGAAUUAAUUUAUCAAAACACUCAUCAUGAUUUUUCAAAAAUAUAAUUUUCUUAAUAAAAAAAAAUUUUAUUUGAAAAUAAGAGAAAAAAGAAAAAACAAAAGGUAAAUUCUUAGUUAUUUAUAAUCUUUUUUUUAAACUUCUUUAGUAAGCACUUUUCAAUAAAUAAAUAUUCAGUUAUAAAUAUUUUAAAUAUAUAUAUUUCGUACAAAUAUAAUAUGUAAAAAUUUGUUUAUUUUAGGAAAUUCUUUUAUUUUUUUCAGAAAAAUAUGUAAAAAAAUCAUUUUUAUGUUAAAUAUUCUCCAAACCAAUUUAUUUUUAUCUUUUUUCUUAUAAUUUUUAUAGUUUUUAAUAAAACAAUAUAAUUUUUAUCUAUCAAUUAUUUUCAAAAAAAUUGAGCAUAAACCUUUUAGUGUAUUCAUAAGUUACAAAUAAUGUAGCUGUUGCUGGUAUUGUUCUAAUUAAUGUUGGUUUUAAACCACUGUACAAGGAAUUGAUACCUUCAUUUCUUACAAUAUCUUUCAUAACUAUUAAUGGAGGAGUUUUCAAAUUUUUUACCUUUAAAAAAAAUUAGAAUCAAUUUAUAUCUAUAAUUCAGAUUGUUUAAAUCAUGUAAAAUUAAACUAACUUGUAUUCUACUUUUAACCACAUCUGCUGGAAAUAUUACAAGCCAUAAAAUACUUCCACCAACAGCACCAGCUAUCAUGGUUUUUUGCCAUCCUAUAUCAUCUCUACUUUCAUUUGGUUUUGCUAAAAGUUCUCUAGUCACUUCAUAACCUCCAAAAAAAAAGAA